GGCUCUGGACCUGGCAUGUUGAGAUCCUGCCCAUCUUCCCCGAGUGGGACGCUUCUCCUAGUGGAGUGCGGAGUUGUGGUUCCCUGGAGGGGGCCGGCGGUGCUCCGAGGCCCUCCGGACCAGCUCAUCUCCUGUUCCAUGUACGACGGCUUGGCCGACAGUUACAGCGGCUACGGGACCACCGGACGGAGCAGCUACUACUCCAAGUUCCAAGCGGGGACCGGCUCCUGGGGCUACCCGAUCUACAAUGGGACUCUCAAGCGGGAGGCUGACAGCAGGCGGUUCAGCUCCUACAGCCAGAUGGAGAGCUGGGGCCGGCACCACCCCCGGGGCGGCUGGCCAGCCCCUGGCGCGGGCAGCGACAUCUGCUUCAUGGAGAAGAUCAAAGCCAGCCGCAGCGAGCCCGACCUCUACUGCGACCCCCGGGGCACCCUGCGCAAGGGCACUCUGGGCAGCAAGGGCCACAAGGCCACCCAGAACCGCUACAGCUUCUACAGCAGCUGCAGCGGCCAGAAGGUAGCCAAGAAGUUCCCGGCACACCCACCCUCCUGCACCUCCAGGCAGGACCCGGGGAGCAUCCCGCCCGCCUCCUGCCACAAGGACCUGUCCUUCAGCCACUCGCGGGCCAGCUCCAAGAUCUGCAGUGAGGACAUUGAGUGCAGUGGGCUGACCAUCCCCAAGGCCGUGCAGUACCUGAGCUCCCAGGAGGAGAAGUGCCAGGCCAUCGGAGCCUACUACAUCCAGCACACCUGCUUCCAGGACGAGUCUGCCAAGCAGCAGGUCUAUCAGCUGGGCGGCAUCUGCAAGCUGGUGGACCUCCUCCGCAGCCCCAACCAGAACGUGCAGCAGGCGGCAGCCGGCGCCCUGCGCAACCUGGUGUUCCGGAGCCCGGCCAACAAGCUGGAGACCCGGAGGCAGAACGGGAUCCGCGAGGCCGUCAGCCUCCUGAGGAGGACCGGGAGCACCGAGAUCCAGAAACAGCUGACAGGGCUGCUCUGGAACCUGUCCUCUGCGGACGAGCUGAAGGAGGAGCUGGUCGCCGAAGCCCUGCCGGUCCUGGCCAACCGUGUCAUCAUCCCCUUCUCUGGCUGGUGUGACGGCAACAGCAACCUGGCCCGGGAGGCCGUGGACCCCGAGGUCUUCUUCAACGCCACGGGCUGCUUGAGGAACCUGAGCUCCUCUGACGCUGGCCGACAGACGAUGCGAAACUACACCGGGCUCAUUGACUCCCUCCUCGCCUACGUCCAGAACUGCGUGGCAGCCAGCCGCUGUGACGACAAGUCUGUGGAGAACUGCAUGUGCGUCCUGCACAACCUCUCCUAUCGCCUGGACGCCGAGGUGCCCACCCGCUACCGCCAGCUGGAGUACAAUGCCCGCAACGCCUACACGGAGAAGUCCUCCACCGGCUGCUUCAGCAACAAGAGCGACAGGAUGAUGAGGCAGGGAAGGUGGCAGAAGGUGGUCAGCACCUCUUUAGGUGACAGGUACGUCGACCUAGGCUUCAGUCCAGGCGAGAGCCUCACUCUUCCUUCCCCUCAGAUGUCCAGCGGCAUGAGCCAGCUGAUUGGGCUGAAGGAGAAGGGCCUGCCUCAGAUCGCCCGCCUCCUGCAAUCUGGCAACUCCGACGUGGUGCGGUCUGGAGCCUCCCUGCUGAGCAACAUGUCCCGCCACCCAGUGCUGCACCGAGUGAUGGGGAACCAGGUGUUCCCAGAGGUGACCAGGCUCCUCACCAGUCACACUGGCAACACCAGCAACUCGGAAGACAUCUUGUCCUCGGCCUGCUACACCGUGAGGAACCUGAUGGCCUCCCAGCCGCAGGUGGCCAAGCAGCAUUUCUCCAGCAGUAUGAUCAACAAUGUCAUCAACCUGUGUCGCAGCAGUGCCUCGCCCAGGGCUGCAGAGGCUGCCCGACUCCUCCUGUCUGACAUGUGGGCCAGCAAGGAGCUGCAGGGCAUCCUCAGACAGCAAGGUCUCGACAGGAACAUGCUGGGAACCUUGGCCGGGCCCAGCAGCUUCAGGAACUUCACGUCCCGGUUCUAAGAGGAGGCUGCCCAGGGAAGUCCAGCUUCCAGAAGUGAUCGGACCCAGCUGAGAAGACCCAGGCCUUGCUGGAGGGGUUAUUCUGUCCACCUGUGCAGUAUUUGGAAACAUUCAAACGCAGCUGAGAGCAAACCGGGACGCGGCGGAUGACGGAUUUAUUUUUAGAUUUUUUUUCCUUGGGGGAACUGACAGGCGAUGGGGGUUGGGGAGGGCGGGGGGGCUUUUCUUGAGUUAAGGGGGCUUACAUCUAAUGUUAAUACUUCUUUCGCUGAGAAAUGGUACAUAUACACGUUUGUCAUGUGUGUGUGCACGUGCGUGCACUAGUGCUGACAGCCGGACCUCAGACUGCAGAGCUGGGUGAGCUGUUGGCUUGCAGCCGGGCACGACACGCCCUCGUGGGCAUGUCCAUGUACUGUUGGUUUAGCUGCCCCUGGUUUCCAAAGUGUGCCAUGCCAGGGCAGGGGUCCUCCCCAGGGCCAGGCCCACGAGGUGUCCUGCAGGGGGCGGGAGUAGCUGGGGCUGGGGCUCCCCCUCUUAGGAGGCGGCUUUGCAGGAAGGGAGGUUGGCAGGGUUCAGUGUAUCUCCUGGGAAAAUCGAGCUGUCUGAUUGUGGCGGCCUCCCCGCAGUGCCACGGGGACGGGGCUGGGCGGGGCGUGGGCUCCUGAAGACGGGCCAGGACAGGCCUGCUUGCUUUGCUAUGUGAAGUCUGCCCCGAGAGUCAGAGCCAGCGAGGGGGGCUGGCCACUCUCUCAGGCUGCAUGCCUGUCAGAGAAGCCUCGGCCUGUGAAGCCCCUGCCUUCAGGGGGCUUGUCACCUACUUUUUGCAGGAGGAAGAAGGCAGCGUGGUGCUCACAGCCCAGGAGCUGUCGGGACGGCUGCUGGUCUUCAUAUUCCUGGGGUGAGGGCGGUGGGCAGGCUAGGCUGGGCAGGGACCCGCUCCAGCCUCAGAGGGAAUUAGCCAGGAGGGUACUUCCCAGGGCGUGGGCCGAGAUUCAAGUGAGUGGGUGUUUUGGGUCCCGGGAGCCUUGGAGGAAGGGAUUUGGCUAGAUCAGAAGGGACUAUCACAUCAGAGCACCAGCCAGCCCAGCCAUGGCUGUCUCUGCUCCUUCCCCGGAGCCCCAGCCAUCUGUCCCUGCUCUGUGUUUGUGAAAACCACAGGGGACGUGAUAAAAGAGGCCCAUCAGGGGCACCUGCCACACCGAGACCCCCAACUCCUUUGCAUUUCGGGUGAGAAGCAGAGGAGGGGCCUCCUGAGGGAGAGGCUUGUGCAAAUAGCCCUGAGUCUGUCCUGCACGAUGGGGCAGGCCGUGGCGUCCCCAGGCCUCCCUGGCGGCAGCCUCCCGGCCCUGCAGCAGCGAUGACAGGACGCAGGACGGAGCCUAGGUCCUCUGGCACUGAAGGUGCUCCUCCCUCCUCCCCGCAAGUCUCCUCCCCGCCCGCACUUCCCCCCAGUCCGGCCCCACUGCUCACCCCAGGAGGCAGAACAGAAGGACCUCUGGGCCCAGCACCUGUCUGCUGGGGGACCUGGCAGCGGGACG